AUGUAUGGAUCUGGUACUCGAUUCUGUGGUACUGUUUCAUAUGAUGUUACAGCUUCUAUCUGUUGUGGUGGCAAGGUAUAUGAUUCAGGUAAAAAUGGCGCAGACCAAUGUUGCCAGAACAAGCCGUACAACUCAGCUGCUGAAAUAUGCUGUGACGGUGAAAUACGGAAGAAGUCAAAAACUGGUGAUGACUGUUGCUGUGGACCCAAAGAUUCAUUUAACGCGGUAAAAGAAAUUUGUUGCGACGGAAAACCCCAAAACCGUGUGGCUGGAGAUAAGACCCAGUGUUGCGGUCAAACCAGCUUCGAUCCAUCGAAGUACGUUUGCUGCGACGGCAACCUCUCCAAAAUAACCAAUGAUGGUGACAACUGGUGCUGUGGUAAAUCAACAAUGAAUACCAACACACAGAUUUGUUGUGAAGGAAGAGCUCAACCCUUGUACAAAGGUGAAACUGCAUGCUGUAGGGAUACAAGCUAUGAUAUGACAAAGACAGUCUGUUGCGGAAACGGUAAACUGCAAGACAAGAAGGAUCCUGAGGACAAUGCAUGCUGCGGGCCAACAACCUUUGAUACUAAAACUGAGAUAUGCUGCGUGGGGAAUGCCCAAAAGGUCCCAGAUCCAAGGUACGGUCUUUGCUGUGGUAACCUCGGAUAUGAUUCCCGAACACAUAUGUGUUGCGAUGGUACAAUUCGCAAAAAAGCCAAGGUGGAGGACAACUGUUGCUGUGGAAAUACCACGAUGAACACAGAAAAAGAAAUAUGUUGUGAAGGUGUACCACAACCGUUGCCAAUGAAGAACGGCGAUUUUUCACAGUGCUGUGGACAACAGACAUACGAUUCUGAGUCAGAAAUUUGCUGUCUCGGAGGAAUCCGCAAGAAAGCAAACAAGGGAGACAACUGUUGUUGUGGAAAUACGACUAUAAACACAAAUACGCAGGUCUGCUGUAACGGCGUUCCGCAACCAAUGCUUAAAGGAUUGGAAACCAAAUGUUGUGACAAAACGAGCUACAACCCUGACGAGCAUGUCUGCUGUGAUGGCCUAAGUCUACGAAAGAAGAAAAAUAAAAAUGACAACUGGUGUUGCGGAUUAAUACGACAGAAAAGAGCCGACGCUGACGACUGUUGCUGUGGAAACACAACAAUGAACACAGCCACAGAAAUUUGUUGUGAUGGCGUUCCGCAACCAAUAACAAAAAGUGGAAACUGGAACUGCUGUGGAAGAAAGGCUUACAACAUGGAUGAGAAUAUUUGCUGUGAACUGACUUUGGUCAAGAAGAAAAUCUGCUGUGCCGGCAUUCAGCCUCAACCAAGGAGAGGAGAUGUUACACUGUGUUGCGGUCUUGUUAGUUAUAAUCCUGAAGAAUAUCUUUGCUACAAUGGUCAGCUUAUUAAAAAGAGGAACAAAGAUGACGACGCCCCUUGUGGAAGUUCUACUAUGAAUACUAAUAAAGAAAUUUGCUGUAAAGGCAACCCAAGACUUGGAAACAUUGCAACCUCUGACUGUUGCGAUGACAAAUCAUACGAACUGGCUGCUUUUAUUUGUUGUGAAGGUGUUAUCAGUUAUGACCAGUCAAAAAGCGUUUGCUGCGAUAAUGUUGUUGUUACAAAAACGUCAAAGGAAGACAAUGCCUGCUGUGGAAACACUACUAUUGAUACGAACACCGAGAUCUGUUGCGACGGGUUGUUUGUGGAGCCAGCCAAGGGUGGAAAGAAUGCAAGAUGUUGUGCAGGCAAGAGCUACGACUCAGAAUCAGAAAUUUACAACAUAAAAGAAAUGAGUUGCUGUAACGGAACUAAUCCAACAAAAAAGAGGAAUCCUUCAGAUGACUUAUGCUGUGGCGGCACAACAUAUGACUCAAACAAUGAAGUUUGUUGUGAAGGUAAUCCAAAAAAGAAGACAGGCGGUGAGCGCACACAAUGCUGUCACGAAGAAUCAUAUGAUCCAAGCGUAUAUUUCUGUAACGGACAAUAUCUAGUGCUAAAAAGAAAUAAAAAUGACAACUGCAUAUGUGGCAAUACAACAUUUAAUACUGAAACGGAAAUAUGUUGUGAAGAACAGCCUCAAAAAAUGCUUGGUGGGGCCAAUACUGGCUGCUGUGGGCCAAGAAGCUAUUCUAUUGCAGACGAACUUUGCUUUAAUUUAGAAAUAAGAAAGAAAGCUAAACCCGGCGAUGAUGCAUUUUGUGGUAAAACAACGAUGAAUGCAAAGACUCAAGUAUGCUGUUUGGGAGAGCCAAAGGAAGCUUUUGGAGGAAUCUCUUCCCGAUGUUGUGGUGCCAAUAGCUUCAACCCAUCCACACAUAUCUGUUGCGAUGGAGGUCUCCGGAAACUCCGAAAUUCUAACGAUAAUUGCUGCUGCGGUGCGACAACUUUCGAUACAAGGACUGAGGUUUGUUGCGAUGGUUCAGUUCCACAACCUGCUAAAGGUGGAAAUAGAACUCGAUGCUGUGGAAAGGUUAGCUAUGAUUCUCUUAGUAACUUAUGCUGUGAUCAAGUUUUGUUCAAAAAAGUCAAUAAUGACGACAACGUGUGCUGCGGUAACACAACAAUGAACAGCAGAUCACAGAUAUGCUGUGAAGGCAAAUUCCCACGGACUCGAGUAGGUGGCGACAACACGAUGUGCUGCGGUGACGUAAGUUAUGAUCCUAGAGUACAUUUAUGUUGUGAAGAGAAGCUUAUAAAGAAAGAGAAACCGGACGAUGACUGUUGCUGUGGUAACCUGUCGAUGAAUUCCAAGCAAGAUAUUUGCUGCAGAGGUUUUGUGCAGAGACUCGUUGGCGGUGAAUACACGUCAUGCUGCGGUGCAGUAAGUUUCGAUACACGCAAACAUGUGUGCUGUAACGAACAACUAAGGGUGAAGAAACAAGAGCAAGACGAUUGUUGUUGCGGAAACACUACCGUAAGUGCAACAACCGAAAUUUGCUGUGAAGGAAAUCCCCAGCCGUUGGUUGGUGGACCGAAUACCGACUGCUGUGGAAAAAAUUAUGGUCCAUCUACAAAAUGCUGUGGAAUUGUUACCUAUGAUAGUGAUAAAUCUGUGUGUUGUGGUGAAGAAGUAAGGCAGAAGCGAACCUCAACCAAGGAGAGGAGACGUUACACUGUGUUGCGGUCUUGUUAG